AUGCGAACGCUCGAAGCAUCGAAAAAGCGCUGGAAUAUUUGUUUCUCAGAAGAAAAGAUAGGCUUUGACCUACGCGAAGCUGUAAGAGACCUCGAAGACGAGCCUAGUCCCUGUCAGGACGGUGUGCGUUCGGUGUGCUGGAAGGCUUUCCUCCUUUAUGGACCCCUCAGCUACACACCAUGGCCAAAGAAGCUCACGGAAUCAAGAGACGCCUACUCCUCCCUUCGGGAGCAUUUCCUCCGAUAUAUCGACCAUCCAGACGAUUUACAAUCCGCUGUCGAUCCUCUAGCUGACGAUGCGAAUUCACCCUGGUCAACCCUUCGACAAGACGAAUUGAAUAGAGGGGAGAUAUUUCAAGAUGUCCAGAGGUGCAUGCAAGAUAACGCCUUCUUUCAGGAGCCAUCAACACAAAAGAAACUUCUAGACAUUCUCUUCAUCUACUCUAAGCUACACCCGGAUAUCGGAUAUAGGCAAGGCAUGCAUGAACUUUUGGCACCGAUAUUAUGGGUUGUACAUUGCGAUGCAAUCGAAGCAAGCACCAUACCGAACAGCAAGGCAGAAGAUGAUCUGAUGUUGGAAGUUUUAGAUGAACGAUUCAUUGAGCACGAUGCUUUCACGUUGUUUUGCGCUGUUAUGCAGACAGCGAAGUCGUUCUACGAGAUCGGAGACUCUACAUCCCCUAUUGUGGACCGGAGCCGACGUAUCCACGAUGAAUAUCUUGGUGAAGUUGAUCCAGAACUCGCAAAUCAUCUUCAAGCCAUCCAGAUACUCCCCCAAAUAUUUUUGCUACGAUGGAUUAGACUCCUCUUUGGAAGAGAAUUCAGCCUCGCAGAUACUCUGUCAGUUUGGGAUGUUCUUUUUGCUGAGGGGUUGAGUCUAUCGCUUGUUGACAUGACAUGCUUAGCCAUGCUCUUGAGAAUAAGAUGGCCAUUAUUGCGAGCAGACCACACGGAAGCGCUACAACUGCUCUUACAUUAUGAACCACCAACGCCGCCUUACGGUCCGGCAACAUUGGUUCAAGACGCUAUAUUUCUGGAGCGGAACAGAACCUUUGAAGGUGGCACGUGUCUGAUUUCUCGAUAUUCUGGGGUGGAGGGUGCCUUGCCCGAGCAGCGGUUGCCACCUGUCAAAAGACCUCCGGCCUUGCAACUCAAUCAAAGGUACAAGAAGAACCUUAACACGCAUUCUCGAAGCAGUGGUUCACCUGGAAGGUCACCAGCUCGGUUUCUUUCUCCACAAAAAGGUCUGGAAAGUCUUUUCCAAGAAGUCUCUGGGAGUUUGCAAAGGAGAACUGAAGGAUGGAAUAUAUCAAAGACAGUCCGGGCUGCUGCGGGCGAGGUACGGCGCAAUGUCAAUAACCUCCACUCAGAAGCGACAUCCCCUAGACACAGUCUUGAUUCUGCCCCAGCGCCGCUUCCUCAUGAGAGCACAGAACAGGAGGCCAAUGAAGGUCUUAGAAACCGGCUUUCGAUGUUGGAACAGCGAAACAAGGCCCUGGCGAGAAUGUUAGCAGAUGCAUUAGAGGAGCUACGUUCGCAGAAAGAGUCUUCCAUUCGAGAACAAGCCACUGUGGCAGAAAGCUCGUUCAACAUUGCAUUAGCCAAGAUGCAAUUCGUUCAAGUAUACCUAGCCGACUGCGAGAUACCAAUACCAGGGCAAGAAGCGCUCGUAAACGAAUGCAGUCACGAAAGCCAGCCUCGAAUGACAGAAACGAAUCACUCGGGCCGCGGACUUCUGCCCGAGGACUCUGAUGAGUUAGCACUGGCUGCAGACCAAGAGAACACCGCGUCCGAUAGACCUUCCACUUCCCUGAAAGCCACCUCAGGGAACGCCGAUAGCAGUUCAAGAGACGAGGGUGCUGAUGCAAGGGCUAUUAUCCAGGUUGAGGAACGUCACAAAGCAAAUGCGGAGUCCUCAAAGCUUUCCUCAUCAAAGCCUCGACCACCCCUCGCACAGUCACCGUUAUCCUGGAUACUAGGCGAAGGGCAGCAUCGUUCAGAUUUCGUCAGUUCCUCAACGCCUCCACCAGAGCAAAGAAGGGAUAGCAUUCCCAAGGUCAAACCAAAGCGUCUGUUUCCGGAUGUGAAAGACAGCGAGGGCAGGAACGGCUCUGAAAGUGAAGAUGACGGGUUUACCAUGAGCAGUCUUCAUGGAAGCCGAGCAAGGAAUUGA